AUGCUAGGAAGGGCAUUGCGACCUGGGUGGCUGGGCAUUACUAGGACGGUGGUUAAGAAACCAAGUUGCGGGUCCUACUUUAACAGAACCUUUCAAACAGCAAUUAACACUACAAUGCCUCCCAUGCAAGAGGGCAUGCUGAGUACAAUGAUGAUGAUGACGGCUACGGCAACAAGGAUCACUGGCACAGUCAGUGAGCCAUUAAACGGUUCAAAUAUAGUGAUGCAACUCGAUUCAGUGAUGAGAAAGAGGAAAAAAAAGAUGAAGAAACACAAACUGCGGAAAAGAAGAAAGAGGGAGAAGGCAGAAAGAAGAAAGCUAUCUCAGGGUAGAUAA